AGCGUGCGUUCUCUGUGGACUAUUUCAAAACGAGCGCUGCAUGAGCUGACGCUGACUGGCACUUUGAAGGCUUCUGAGGAAAUAACAGUCCCGUGGGGUUUCAUAAUCGGCUACCAAGGAUGCAGUAAAAAAUCUCCAUAAGAACCCCCUUCAAAUACACCCGUGGUACACUCUGCCCUAUCAAUACAACUAGUGCCCAUUGCUCAUGCGCGGUACAAUGAAGAUCCGAUUGUCCUUACUGUUACUCGCAUUUCUCCGAGGGGCGCACGCAGCCACCAACUUCACCGAUUGCUUCAUCAACUUCAGAGAUCAUGCGAACCAGACCCUCGAUGCAUCUGGAUUAGUGGAUGCCAAUGGCGGAAAUGUAGCAAAUGUGUCGUCGGAUAUCAUGAACGCUAGCGGAUUCACCUAUGAGACGUGUCUUUCGCAGUGCGGCUCGGGAACGCAGCAGCCCUCCUGGGCAAACAUUUCGCAGCAAUUCGGUGCAUGGCUGUUGCCCUACCUUGCGCUCAUUUCCCAGCUACCUUUCGGUGCAAGACAUAGGGUUGACAAUCUCAUGUCGGCCAUCCUCACAGUCGGUUCACCGGUGCUCGCGGGUUACUCAAUGAUUAUCACCAUUCUCAACGCCAGGUGGAUCAGCCGUCGAUUCGAGAACCUGUCAUUCCCUAACACCGGAGACGCCGUCCGCAUACUUAUAAGCCUUCAACAAAAUCCACUGAGAAUAACAAAUGACGACUCGCUCCUCAGCUCUCUCGUCGUACUACCGGAGAAUGAUGACUGGUGGCCAACAAUUGCCGAUUUUCUCGACUACACUCACACCUGGUCCAUCGCGUCUGCGACAUCCAUUGCCUGGGUCAUCAUCGCCUAUCUAUUGACAGUCGCCAGCUCAUUAUCGGAUGUACGCUCCAAUAUCAACUCCAAUGGUCAGGGGACGGGAUCAGUGUGGUUGUGGCUUAUACCAAUUGUUAUUGGUUGGCUGCAGCUAUCCCCAAAGUGCGACUACGCACGCGUUAAAAAGGCCAUGGACAACGCAGAUGUGAUAUCAUUUGUGGUCACCUGUGAUGGAGUUGUAAAGGCAUCAGACCUUUCCGAAAGACGAGCAGUAUCCAUUGACGCCAAUGCGGAAAAUCUUUCAUCUCCCGAUGAAAAUUUAACUCCACCCGUCUUUAACUACGCCAGGGCCAUUCCAUGGUCUCGGUCGGCGGAGGAUGUCCUCGAUGCUUUUCGAAUGGCCUCCAACAAUGUUAAAGAGCACAGACCGGUUAAGAUGGGUGAUAUAUGGAAGAACGCAAGCAGGAGGAAUGUUAUCGAGCCCUGCAACAGGUCCGGAGACCCAUCCCAAGUUGAUGCCUACUGCAGACUUCCUCGAUACGCCGUACGCAGCCCCUGGGCGUCAGGCAUGUUCUUUCGCAUGUUUUUUGCCUCGGUGUUACCCCUGGCUUUGCAAUGGGCAACAACUGGAGCUGCGGUGCUGGUUGUGUAUUAUACUCCAACUGUGGGCCUUGGAUGUAGAUCUCUCGGUUACCUCAUCUAUGGCGCACUUGCCACGAUGGUAUGGAUGAUGCUCGUGAUGUCGAGCGUCCUUUCGCACUACACAUUCUCAUACUCAGACAGACCUAAGAGUCCUUCCUCCUCUAUCAUGAUGCGUCUCGCAAAGGUACUAUCGAACCUUUUGAGAUGGGGCGGGAAAUUCCUGGCAAUCGUCAAUGCAAUCUGGAUAAUCGCAGCCGGGAUGCUGCAGUUUACGAGUAUCUAUGAUAAUUGUUACUGCGACUCGAGUGUGUUGGGGAGAGGGGUCCAACAUGCAUUCGACAUCGUUGUGACCGAUAAUUUAGACUUAAGUCAAACUAAAGCUGCUUGGUUCGGAGCGUUGGCUCUGGCUUGCUCUUUCUCUUUUGGAUUUAUUUUUUUCAUGAGUUUAUUAACCGAUCUUGUACCUAUGUGAAGUCUGGCAUGAUGAUGCACUUGUAAUACUAGAUCAUCAUGUUUAGAAGUUUAACGAUUACCUAGUGUACCUUUGUAAUACUGUUCGCACUCAACGUUAACGUUCAACGUUGCAACGCUUGUACGCGACACGCCCUACUAGUCCAAUAAGA